AUGUAUCAAGAUUGCGCUCACAAGAGCAAGACAACAAUCUACACUAACGAUUAUCCAGUUCUGGCUGUUCAUUCUGAUGAAGCUGCAGAAGAAAUUUUCAAAGUUAACGCAAAACCACAAGGAACUACAGUUGUAACAAUAAAUUCGAAACUAAAGGUAUCAUUUAAAGAUGCAGUAUCAUUGUUCUCCGAAUUAUUACCUUCAGAAUGCGAAAUUUCAUAUGUUAAAGGAAUUUGGGACGUCAUGCCAACUUCUAUACAAGGAGAACAUGUCACAAUCGGAUCAACUAAAACAGAUCUACUUAAAACCUUCAAAUCUCAGCUUUCUCAAAUUCCAGAUGGAAGUACAAAGUAUUCACAGGUAAAACCAUACCUUUCUAUUGUCUUAACAGGUGCUGCAGACAUGAUGAAAGGUAAGUUCACGGAAUUCUUGCAAAAAUAUAUCAAUUCCGUUGGAAAAAUGCUAGAUUUAGUUCCAGAAGCUUCAUGUGAAAUCGUUAUCGUCGAAAUUCCUAAAAAAGGGGAAAAUUACCAGUUUAACCUUAAUUUACGGGCGCCGAAGAGUCUUCAAGGAAAGGUGAGAAUCAUCGAAGGACCGACAGAUAAAUACGAUGGAUCUCACUACCCUGAGUUCCUUGCCAAGAAUAUCGGCAUAAGAAGAGCUUUUGGAGACUUUGUUUUAAUUUCGGAUCCGACCGUCAUAUUGCCGAUUACCUUUUUCGAUAUUUUGGCACGGAAUUGGUUCAACAAAGGUGUAGUUUAUAGAGGAAAUAUCUACCAGGAGAACGGAUCUAUGCCUGAAAAUGAUUUAAUCAGAUUAGCUGAAGAAUCUUUCACUCAUUCACUUGAUGACUUUGAAAACCAAUGCUUGCAUCGCAAGGGCUUUUAUAUUAUCAAAGGUAAUAUAGACACAGAUAAAGAUAUUGGCUGUGAUUCUUUGUUUUUCACAUUGGCAUCAAAAGAAUUAUGGUAUGCUAUAUCUGGAUACAAUGAGUAUCCAUUUAAUGAUAAGCUUGAUAUAGCGUCAUUCGCCAAAUUCAUGAAAAUUGUUCCUGGAAUUCCAAUUCAUUACUUCCCGUUCCCAUUAUUUAAGAAGAAUAUGGAAGGAUAUCCUCCUCUUCCUCAAGAUAUUAUAGAUCUGAAUCCAAAGGAUAUUACAAAUCAAUAUUUCUGCUCAGGAGAUGCAUCAGCUGUUAAACAUUACGGAGAUUCUCCAAGAUGGGGACUUCCAACUACUGUUCUUAAGGUAUAUGUUAAGUAA